CAGAGCACGCAGAGCAAGUAGAGCAGGGAAAGAUAGGAAAACUUUACCCCCAAAGAAGGGAUUGUCGAGGAUCAAACCGAUCCCAUGAGAUCAGAUAUCAAGUUGUGUGCCUUGCUUUGCAUGGACCAUGAUCGCAAAUGGCUCAGGGCACCCCGUCAUCCGAACGGUUUUCUCUCGACGUGCCGCAUCCCAUGAUUGACUCCCGCCAUACCAGGUACUGCCCAGUAACGAAACGAAACGCUGAGCCACCGGUUCAGCUUGACGGUAGAUCACCCGCCGACCAGCCUCGACCCUUUUCUUAUUUCCGGCGGAUGGUCGGAAGGGGAAGGGGAACAGGAAGAGUCAACCCGCACCGCCAGGAGAGAAAAUAUGGAUGCAAGAUGGCCAGCCUGCAUGGGCAGGACACUCUGCUCUCGUGCAGUCGAAACUUAAUACAGAGAUACGCGCAGCACAAAUCGGGAGGUGAUGGACGCAUCUCAGACAGCCAGAAACAACACGAGUUUCCUAGUCGGGGUUGGACAGGCUGGUUAGGUCACGGGGGGGAAAACCCAUCGGAUCCUCCGCUCCCCUCCCAAAUCAGGAGAAAUUCGAACACCGGAACUAAAGUCGCAGGUCUCGGGGGUGCAGAAUGGGAGAGAUCGCGGAGACCGAUCCAAGAUGAUGAGGAUUGACAUGAAAUUAAUGAUCCCAGCGCCAGGUUACAGUCCGGCCGAGGUUCUAACCGAAACAGACCAACUAGAUGAUCCCUCCCCUGGGCCAUCCAUUGGCUGGGAGUCACUCUUUCGCUGGCUGAUGAAAAUUAGUUAAAUCCCUACAAUGUCCGUCCGUUAGUCAGAAUCAGACAGGGUAGGUAAAAAAAGGAACCAAAAAAAAGGUUUCAUCUAGAGGGAAUAAUUGGUGGCCGGAUACCCCGAAAAGGAUGGACCGCCCUGUGAUCAUUCCAGUUCA